AUGGACUCUGUACCAAGAACUGUAGAUGGGAAUAUUAGUCUGAUUAAUAUCAAUCAAGUCAAUAUGUCAGAUUCUAAAGAGAUGUUCCCUAAUGAAGAUAAGGUAGAUGACCACUGCGGGCACCUAGAAAAAGUUUUGAACAAAGCUCUGGAGUUUGGUGUUUCUUUAAAUCCAAAAAAGUGUCAUUUUGUAGUUACUGAAGGGAAGUUUCUUGGGCAUAUUGUCUCCAAGGAAGGGGUUAGAAUAUACCUUGAAAUGGUUGAAGCCAUAAACAAUGUACCUGAGCCAAAGAAUGUCAAAGGCAUUCAAUUUUUCUUGGGCAAGGUGAAUUUUGUUAGAAGGUUCAUUGCCAACUUUGCUGAAAUAGUCAAGCCUAUUGUUAGAUUGCUUAAGAAAGAUACAAAGUUUUAUUGGGAUGAGGAAGCUGCAAAGGCUUUUGGUGAAAUUAAAAAGGCUAUUCAGGAGGCACUAGUGUUGAAGUCCCCUAAUUACAAUAAGCCCUUUUCAUUGUUUUCUUUUGCUUCUUAUCAUACAGUAGCUACAACCCUUCUUCAAAAGGAUGUUGAAGGAUAUGAACACCCUAUUGCUUUUCAUAGUAAAUCUCUACAAGCUGCAGAGCUGAAAUAUGAAAUCAUGGAGAAGAAAUCAUAUGCUCUUGUUAAAGCUAUCAAAGCAUUUAGGCCAUAUCUUGUGAAUGCAAAAGGUAUCCCCACGUCCCCAGCCCAAUGCCCUGACCUUACUCUGGUUCAGGAAAGCGGCGAGUUGGGGGCUGAGCAUCAGGGUAUGGUUAUUGAGACUGCAGGUGUGUUGUGUGAUAUUCCUAUCUCUGUGCUUUUUGACUCUGGUGCUUCAGAUUCUGUUAUUUCUUCAUCCAUUGUGGAGCAGUGUGGACUCAUGUCUACUAAGCAGAUCGAGGAUGGGAAGCUUUCCAUGGAGCCCAUGCGAAUUCUUCAGUGUCAAGAUUUGACCCUCAAGGGUCAUACCAUUGACCAGUUUAAUACUAGAUGUGAGAAGAGGAAGGGUGAGAAGCCCCACAAGGAUCCAGUUGUGGUGGAGGAAGAAUUAAAGCAAGAAAUGGCCAAUGAGCUCAAGACCAUCACACCUGAGCAAGGAAGAGACAUGGUAGUAAAGGAAUGGACAAGAAAGUACACAAUGCUGGAUGUAGAGCAGUUAGAAGAGGUUGCAACAGAACCACAAGCAGAGGAGGCUACAGAUGCUGAAAAGGACUUGUAA